GCCGAACGGAGCGGCUCGGAGCGGAGCUGCGGGCGCUGCCGGUGCCGGUCCCCGCCGGCGGGCGCAGAAUCUUCUCAUCUGUCCCCAGAGCGAGGGACGAUGACAUCCCGGCUCCUCUGAACGGGCAGCACCCAGGGACCAGCAGAGCCAUGGAGCUGGAAUACGAGCUGCCCAAUGCCACCGCCUUCUGGUUCUCCCCAUCUUCCCCCUUUGACAACUUCUCGGUGGAGGCGCCCACCAACACGUCGCAGAACGCCACAGGGCACCACUUCGACCUGACCAGCAACGCCAUCCUUACCUUCAUCUACUUCGUGGUCUGCAUCAUCGGGCUGUGCGGCAACACGCUGGUGAUAUACGUCAUCCUUCGUUAUGCCAAGAUGAAGACCAUCACCAACAUCUACAUCCUCAACCUGGCCAUCGCGGACGAGCUCUUCAUGCUCGGGCUGCCCUUCCUGGCCAUGCAGGUGGCCCUGGUGCACUGGCCCUUUGGCAAAGCCCUCUGCAGAAUUGUCAUGACAGUGGAUGGGAUCAACCAGUUCACCAGUAUCUUCUGCUUGACGGUUAUGAGCAUUGACCGGUACCUGGCUGUCGUCCAUCCCAUUAAAUCUGCCAAGUGGAGGCGGCCCAGGACAGCCAAAAUGAUCAACAUGGCCGUUUGGGGCAUCUCCCUCUUGGUGAUCAUGCCCAUCAUGAUUUAUGCUGGCGUGCAGCACAACCACGGCAGGAGUAGCUGCACCAUCAUCUGGCCAGGAGAGUCGGGUGCCUGGUACACAGGCUUCAUCAUCUACGCCUUCAUCCUGGGCUUCCUGGUGCCUCUCACCAUUAUCUGCCUUUGCUACUUGUUCAUCAUUAUCAAAGUCAAGUCCUCGGGCAUCAGAGUGGGCUCGUCCAAGAGGAAAAAGUCCGAGAAGAAGGUGACCAGGAUGGUGUCCAUCGUGGUCGCUGUCUUCAUCUUCUGCUGGCUCCCCUUCUACAUCUUCAACGUCUCCUCCGUCUCCGUGCUGAUCGUGCCCACGCCUGUCCUCAAGGGCAUGUUUGACUUCGUGGUGGUCCUCAGUUACGCCAACAGCUGCGCCAACCCCAUCCUUUACGCCUUCUUGUCCGACAACUUCAAGAAGAGCUUCCAGAACGUCCUCUGCCUGGUGAAGGUCAGCGGCAUGGACGAGGCGGACCGCAGCGACAGCAAGCAGGACAAAUCCAGGCUCAACGAGACCACGGAAACCCAGAGGACCCUGCUCAACGGUGACCUGCAGACAAGCAUCUGAGGGGGCAGCGGCGUGGUCCUUCCUUCGCUCCGCUCUCGCCCGCUGCAGCAGGGUGGCGGCACGUACGGAGUCAGGGCAGCAGCGCCGGCUUAGGGAUGGCAGCACGCACCGAUGGCCGUCGGGGCUCCCCACUGGGGCUCCUCCUGAGCUGCUGCUGGUUGGGGAAGGAAACGGUUCGAGAGGAGCUGCCUCACCAGGGAAACAAAGACCCCUUGUAGCGCUGCAGCGUUUCAACACCAAAGUGCCACCAUGGGGCUCCGCUGGCUCCCCCGGUGGUACCCCCGGGGCCGGUUGGCUCUGGGUGCUCUGCCCCAGAAUGGGUGCUCACGUGUGGACGCACACACACGCAGCGGGGUGACCUCAGGAGCAGCCGAGGCCACGGGUGCGUGCCGACAGCGUCUUAUAGCAAAGACCUGAUGGGAGCUCCCCGGAGAGCCACCCUCCUCCGGGAGACAAGGAUAUUUGGGGUUGUGUUUUACCCGGCUUCUAAGUUCCUCCAUGGCCUCCCCUGCAGGUCCCUGCUGCUGUUUGACUGCGUCGUCUGCAACAGCCGCCCUGCCCGGCGGUGACAGACCAGGACAGAGGGGGCUGCCCUAUGAGAAGCAGCUCUGCCACCCCGGCAGCCCCCCUGGUCCCACCAUGCUCCUACCCCGCAUCCUCCAUCCCUGCUGCAGGAGAAUCCCUUCCCUCUCCUGCCCUGACGUCACCUGCCCGCAGGUUUUCUCUUCGGAUGGAGGAAUUCCCCCUUCUCCCUCCGCGGCAGCAUCAGCCCCACACCGGCAGCCGAGCUCCGCUCUUCCCACUGGAUGAGCACGCUGGCACCAUCACCUGCACCGGUCCCUGCUGGGGAAUCCUUGGAAGCGGCGCACCACGGGUUUGGAGCACCCUGACAAGGGCUGUGGGUGAGAUCUGGGCUUGUCCUGCCCCAGCCACGGCUCUGAGGAUCCCUGGGGCUGCCGGACACUUGGAAUGUGGUGAGCGGCUGCCCUGCUCCUGCCAGGCAAGUCACGCUGGAGGAAGGGGAGAUGGAGAGGAUGGGGACAGGAGGUUGGGGGGUGCUGGGGACUUGGUCCUGACCCUUGUCUGAGCAGGAGGGAUAGGGCAGGGAAGAGGACAGAGCUUCCAGCACUGAGGCAUGACAUGGAGCAGCAUGUGUCCAGACCCCAUCCCUCUCCUGUAUCACAGUGUGGGAAAAGGGGGGGACACAGGGUGCAGCACACAGCAUGAGGGGAAAGGGGUCUGGCUGAGCUCCCACUGCAUUCAGCUUCUCGAGACCAUCCUGGAGCACUCGGCUCUGUCCCUGCCCUCCCGUCCAGCUCAGUGC